CAAGCGAGAAGAAAAACAAAGAGUCCAACCGCACGAUCCUCCCUCCCACUUUCCCCGGCCCUUCUUCCUCCACCAGUCCACGCCCCAUGCCGCCGUCGUCGCCGCCCGCCUGAUCCAACCCAUGCCGCGCCACCACCGCCGCCGGAUCCUCUUCGAGUACGACGACGACCAUGGGGCUUGCGACCCCUGGCUCGGCUGCCCCUCGCCUCCCUCCCCGCCCCCUUACACCUUCUCUCCAACCCCGUCUCCCUCGCCCUCGCCCCGGCCUUCCGAUUGGUCAUUCCUGAUCACCCCUCCCGUCCCAGCCUGCGAGCCGGCCCCUUCGCCCGAUCGCCAGCCCGCCGCCGGCAGGCGCAACCAGUGGGCAACAAACACCUACCCUCCCGCGACAGUCCCCGCGCCCGGCACCGACGCGCACCACCGCCGCUUCGUCACCAACGUCCUCAUCGCCGCCGCGGCCCUCGCGUUCCUCUCCCUGAUCCUCUUCGGCGUCUCGGUCGCCGUACGCCGACGGCAAAUCCGGCGGCGGCGCAGGCAGGCCCUACUCGCCCCGGCCCCGGCCGCGACCACCAACGACCCGGAGGGCGGGGGCGGGGGCGGGGGCGGAGGCGUGGUGCACCACGUCUGGUACAUCCGGACCGUCGGGCUCGAAGAGGCCGCGAUCGCCUCCAUCGCCGCCACGCGGUACCGCGCGGGGGCGCCCGGGCUCGUCGGCGCGGCAGACUGCUCCGUCUGCCUCGGCGAGUUCGGCGACGGCGAGCUCCUGCGCCUGCUGCCCAAGUGCGGCCACGCGUUCCACGUCCCCUGCAUCGACACCUGGCUCCGCGCCCACGUCAACUGCCCGCUCUGCCGCUCCGACGUCAUCGACUCGGCUGCCACGGCAAUUCAGGUCGACGCCGAUCCCGCAGCUGAUCCAGAUGCGAACGCCAACGUCGCAGCCGACCAAGUGCCUACCGCGAGCGACCCAACGCUGGAGCACGAAGAGGCAGACGAGGACGACCAAGAAGCACCGCACGUCCAAGACAACCAGCACGAGCACCAACCCAGCUCGCCAGAGCCAUCGCCAUUGCCGCAGCCCCCGUGCCCGCUGCCGCGGAACAUGCGGCGCGCGGCUUCCAUGGACGCGGCGCUGGUCUCGGCCGCGGCAGACGUCGCAGCGUUGGAUCGGCUGCCGGAGGCGGCCCCCGAAGGGGAGCAGAGCGACAGGGAGAAGGAUCUAAGCACCGAGACGCCCGCGCCCGCCGCCGGUCCCCCGAGGUUCUUCUUCUCGCGGCAUUGCCGUGCUCGGAGCUCUGUGCUGCCCUUGUGACGGCCGGUGCCACAGAGAUCUCCGAGCUGAAUUUUGAUCC